AUGCGCAUACAAUCACACGCAUACAUCAUGUCACUUGAGAAUUCGAAUCUGUCAGGUGGUGAAAGAGGCCCGCAUCGAGUCGGAACAUGGUUAGUAGCAGGACGAGCUACGAGAGCAAGAUACCAAAGUAAAGUCCCUUUGGAGUACCAUGUUAUUUCCGAGACUCACUCCGGCGCUGAUUCUCAGUGCUGCCGUCGCCAAUGGAUAUUUGGUCCCAAGGCAGAACGGCCCAGUCGACCCGGGUACUGCGCCAGACUUCAGGCUUUACGACGAGGCCUUGGAUAUCACAUUGGUUGUGCCUUCAAGCACAACCGCUACUCCAGGAACCACGACUACUUCAGGAGCAACGACGCCUACUCAACCCACUCUGACGGCAAACCUGACAUCAUUGCCAAUCUAGGAUGGCAUGGUGUUCCAGGGACACCAACGGCUCCUCCCAGCACCACGAUGUCUCCUACCACCACCGCCCCAACCGGGCCAUCCCCGACGCAGGGAGGCAUUAUCACAACGUGCCGCCAGUGGUACGAAGCUGAGUCUGGAGACACUUGUUUGAAAAUUGUUGACAAGUACGGCACCUUUUCGUUGGCGCAGUUCCAGAGCUGGAACCCAGCAGUUGGUUCCGACUGCACCGGGUUUUAG